AUGUCGCCACCAAACCAUACCGCCACCUCCACACGCCGACGCCCAUCGGUGUCGUUUCGACCACGCCCACGAACUGCUGGUCAUCCUGCCCCGAUAUCGAAGGAUUGCGCUUUUGACAUUUGGCAAGAGCCAUACUUGACAGGGAUAUGCCAAGAUGACCAUGCACCGGUCGUGGAAGAGAUGGACCCGUUCCCCGAUGCGGUGCCUCGACGCCGUGGUGCCAAAAGUUUUUCGAGCUUGAAGCAUCCUGUGGACGGCUUGGUGGCUCUCGGACGUCGCCUGUCCGUCACUCUGCGCCACAAACCUUCCAAGCAAAAUAUCUCUCUCGCCGAGAACGUUCACUUGGUCGACGACAAAGACCGAACUUAUCACCAUGUCCCAAGCCGCACACACACACGCAUGGCCUCUGGCAACUGGGAUGCCCGGACAACAAAUGUCUACUCGCCCCAGGGCUACAGCGUCAACCGGCGCCCCUCUUUGAACAGCGUGUCCGCCCUGCACGGCUUCUAUGCUCCUAUUGCAUCCGUCCCAGCCCCCAUUCCAGGCCGAGGACAAGCGCCUCCGGUACUGCCAAAUCACAUAUUCUCUGGCGCCGCAGCGCGUGCCGCGGCAGCUGCACAGAAUGAACAGAUGGAGGUUGCUAGAAUGGCCAAGGCGGAGCGGGAGUCGAGCAAGAUUAUCGAGAUGAGGGUGCCACAGGACUCGGAGAGUGGCAUCGGAAUUGACUUGCGUGAUCGAUCAGAGAUAUCAGAUGCAGAGUUGCUGGAUCUUGUCAGAAUUGACCCCGUUGCUCUUCUCCCAACUGAAAUUUCAGCCCACAUUCUUUCAUACCUGGACCCCGACUCACUCCUGAACUCAGAGCUUGUGUCUCGCACCUGGCUCCGGGCGUCCUCUUCUCAUGUUUGGAAGCAUGUUUUUCGCGGUGCAUAUGACCGACGGCCCCAAAGCGAGACAGCUUCCAAGCUGAGACAGUCUUCUGGUUUGGGAAAGUCAAUCCCAAACCAAGAUUGGAAAAAGAUGUUCCUUGUCCGGCGGGCUCUUGAUCGCCGCUGGAAGGACGGCAAGGCUGCAGCUAUCUAUCUUCAGGGUCACGAGGACAGCGUGUACUGCUCCCAAUUUAACGAGAACAAAAUCAUUACUGGCUCCCGUGAUCGGACUAUCCGUGUAUGGGAUGCAAAAUACCCGUACAAAUGCCAGAAGAUCAUUGGACCACCCUCGGCUCGGACUUUUCGCCGUGGUCCAGUAAAUAGCCCGACUUCCCAAGCCACGGGAAGCUCUCCCUUCAUGACCAUCACCCCGCCCUGGCCGACGCCAGAUGAGACGACAGAAAUCACAGCACCGAUGGAGGAGGAGGGGUCGGUGUACCACAGCGCGUCAAUUCUGUGUCUGAAAUUUGACGAAGAGAUCAUGGUGACCGGGUCCUCUGACUAUACCUGCAUUGUAUAUGAUAUGAAGAAUGACUACCGACCAAUCCGCCGUCUUUACGGACACCAGGCUGGCGUGCUUGACGUGUGCUUCGAUGAUCGAUACAUUGUCUCAUGUUCAAAGGACACCACCAUCUGCGUUUGGGAUCGCCACACCGGUAGUCUUUUGAGAACACUCACCGGCCACGUAGGCCCUGUGAACGCCGUGCAGCUGCGCGGUGAUCUGAUUGUAUCAGCAGGUGGCGACGGCGUGGCCAAGAUGUGGAAUGUGAUCUCGGGCCAGUGUGUCAAGCAGUUCCUCAGCAAAGACCGUGGCCUCGCUUGUGUUGAAUUCAGUGACGAUGGCAGGACCAUCUUGACUGGCGGUAACGAUCGCAUAAUCUAUCAAUUCGACGCUAACACGGGCGAGCUGGUCAACGAGCUCCACGGGCACACGGGCUUGAUUCGGUCUCUGCAUUUGGACAGCGCAAACAAGCGCAUCGUCAGUGGCAGCUACGAUAUGAGUGUCAAGGUGUUUGACCGCGAUUCGGGCAAUCUGUCAAUCAACUUCCCUGGCUGGACCACGAGCUGGAUGCUGAGUGUGCAGUCCGAUUACAGACGCAUUGUGGCUACCAGCCAGGACUCCCGGACGGUCAUUAUAGACUUUGGAUAUGGUCUAGACGGGAUCGAACUAUUAGAGGAGUGA